AUCGACCUACAUUGUCUUAAAGGGCGUGGUUUUCUGGGAGGGAGGGGCUAAACGCCUCAAUUUAUAAUUAGAAUGGAAGAUUGGGAAGAAAAAGAAGAAAGAUUGUCGGAGACACAAGAAGACUGUCUAAAAGAUGAAUCAAGAACUUCCUCUGUAACAGUUGAAAAAGGAAAACCUGUCACUGCUGAUAAAUCUAUUACGCUGGUUGUCCAAGAUCAUCAGAUUUCCGCAGACCGGACAUGCCUAGCUACAGUAUCCAACUUUUUCAAGGCAUUGUUUGCGCACAGAUUCCGAGAUUCCCUUGAACCAGUUCUUCUUCUAGACUCUUCAGGAGAAAUGGGUCUAACCGCCGAGGCGGUCAAGGUCCUGGCUUUGUACUCCGAGACUAAACAGUUGAAUAUUUGUACAAGUACAGCAGUACAGAUAUUCAUUGCUGCAGAUGCAUUAGAUGUACAGUUGGUACGACAUGAUGCAGAACUGUUCCUAGGUCAAGUUUUUCUCCAUAAGGAGAACUUCACAACAUUAUGGAAAAUGUCCAGACAAUUUUACAUGAAGAUUCUAGAAUCCUUUCUCGACAAUCUCAUUCUAGAGAACUUUGGCUGGUUCAGUAUAAGUGGAACCUGUUCUCUAAAUCUCUACCUCAAACAAUGGAAUCUAGAUAAACUCGGUUCAGCUCUUCUUAACUCAAGAUUUAGGCAUUGUUCAGAGGAGCAAAUAUUUCAAGCAGUUGUAAGUUAUUGCAGAUCUUUGAGUGGAGGUAGUAGUCAGGGUUUAGAUAUUCUAGCUCCAGGAUUAUACAAGUCCUGUAGUUCAUAUCUCAGAUUUUUGAACUCUGUCCCUCGGACCCUCAGCUAUACACCUGGGUUCAGAUCUAGCUAACAAAUAAAUCAAUCAAUCAAUUAGAUUUAGAAAUCCGCCAAGAGUUCUGCGUACACACUGCAAGUCCUUAUUAUCAAAAUCGGAUAUAACCCAGUGAGAAAUAAGUGAAAACAUCUUGGAUUUGAACAAAAUAAAUAUGUAUCAAAUAUUCAUAUUUUUGUGAUUAAAAGAAAAGGGGAAAGGGGCCAAAAUAAAAUUAUAUUUUUUUUUGUAGAUUUAUAAGAUUCAAAGUGCCUUAUUAGUCAUUGUCCUUUAUCUCUUCUUCCAUAUUUAUUGUAAUUGUAAAUAUUGGUGAAAUUGAAAGCGCGUUUUUAAAACUAUUAAAUAAAAAUAAGAUGUAGAAACAGAAAGUGUCGCUAAAAAAUCAAUUCUUAAGUGUGUUUUAUAUCUUCCAUUGUGUCACCCUGAUAAUUUCUGAAAAUGUUGGAGAAUUGAACAAAUUUUGAGUUGUACUACACAAUAAGCAUAAAUAUUGAACUACACAUCAAUUUGGGUAGUACUACACAUCAUUUUUUGUACUUUGCAAAAUUUAAAUAUUUAUUUAUGAUUUAAAGAUUAAUAUAUUUAUUACUGCUUUA